AUGGCAACGACAACUAGUGUGUGUAUCAACUUACAAAUUUGUUGGUGUUAGCCAGCUAUCUAAGCAAAUUAAUCAUCAAUUCUAUAUACACCAUUUUUAAAUCAAUUUUAUCAAUUGAACUCUACCAUUUAUUAUCAUGUCUGGUAAUUUGAUGGGAUUGGUCGUGGCAACAGCCAUGGCUGUUUCUGCCUGCACCGUCAUUUUGUUUGAUCAGCUUAGGGAAAAGUAUAUGGCAAUUGCUCAGCUUGAACUUACCAAGAAUGUUCAAGAAUCAUCUCCACAGGGAAAGUGUAUACUCAAGUCCUGCUUAUCUUCAGGUGAAAAGAACAUGAGUUUCGCGAAGAAGAAGAAGAAAAGAGUUCAUUUUGCAGCAGAUGUGAAUGAUUCAAAGAGUAAUGGGGAGAAAUACAGAAGAGGAUAUAGAAAUUCUUGUGGGAAGAAGGUUUUGGAGAUGCCAGCAAAUCGUAGAGCUUUGUAUGCUGAAAUUCUCAAAGAUAGGGUGCAUCACUUGGAAUUCUUUUAUUGAUCAGUACUUGCGGGGUUAGCAAUUAAGAAAAUACAUUUUUAGGCCCUCCCAAUAUGGUUGUAGUAUGGAAAUUACUUGGAAUAUUUGGUGUAUCGAAACUUGAUUGGUUUCUAAAUUAAGUUCUUUCUUGUGCUUUUUGUUGAGUCUCGCAUCGAUGGGACAAGGUUGAUUUGAUCUCUUUAUAUGAUCUUGGAUAUUAUUCAUGUUUUGAGAUAGCUCUGAUGGUGAA